AUGUACAGAAGAUGUUCCAGAGGACUUCUCUAUGAACGCUUUCUGCAGCGGCAUGGCUUCGUACGCGCCCAAUCCACCGUCGCGGCCUCACAGAAACCGCGGCCAGACCCAUUCAAAACGCUCGCCCCUAAGCUCGCCGAACUACGCACAGAUCUGAUAUCCAUGCUAGGCUCAGGGCAUCCAGCAAUCAACGAAAUCGCCAAAUACUACUUCCUACACCCGUCCAAGCAAGUCCGCCCCGUCAUCGUACUACUGCUGGCACAAGCGACGAAUGGGCUCGGCAGCGACUGGAACAAAAAACUGUGGGAGGCUGAAUGCGAGAACGCGGGAGGGCGUCAGGAAGAGCUGAACCGCCCGCUCUCGCGGCCGGACGUGCUGAACGACUGGAACCCGAGCAUGCCUGCCAACACCGCCAACUUCGACCCCAAGUUCGCUAUGCACCCUGCAAAGCCCCAUCGACCGCCAAAACCGCCGCCAGCGUACUCGAACGCGUCGGUGUCUCGUACACUCGCCAAUAUCGUGCUCCCCACGCAGAGGAGGCUGGCGCAGAUUGUGGAGAUGAUGCACACGGCGUCGUUGUUGCAUGACGAUGUGAUUGACGAGUCCGCGCUCCGCCGCGGUGCUGCGUCUGCGCCGGCGUCGUAUGGCAACAAACUGUCCGUGCUGGGUGGGAACUUUGUGUUGGGGAGGGCGUCAGCCGCGCUGUCGCGUCUUGGAGAUGGGGAGGUGAUGGAGCUCAUUUCCAGUGUGCUGCCGAAUCUGGUGGAGGGUGAGAUUUUACAGCUCCGUGAAAUCAAAAUGGACGACGACAAGGCCGCGGUGUCUGCCAAACAUGAUGUCGACGUGGCGAAGGAUAUACUCGAGAAGAAUAUAAGCGGGCAGAGGAGUCGGGAUGCGUGGAACAUCUAUUUGCAGAAGACGUAUCUGAAGACGGCCAGCUUGAUGGCAAAGGGGGCUCGGUCCGCUGUCGUUCUAGGUGGAUGCAAAGAAGGCGAGGUGUGGAAGGAAAUUGCUUAUGCUUACGGUCGCAAUUUGGGAAUUGCGUUCCAGCUUGUUGACGAUGUACUCGAUUAUGAGUCUGCUUCGGCCACUCUAGGAAAACCUGGAGGCGCAGAUCUCCAGCUUGGACUUGCAACAGGGCCGGCGCUCUACGCCUGGGAGGAGUUCCCUGAGAUCGGCGACCUCAUUCAGCGCAAGUUUGAUAGGCCGGGUGACGUGGAGUUGGCCCGCGAUUAUGUACUUCGGUCAUCGGGUGUCCAACGAACGCGGGCGCUGGCACAGGCUUACGCUGAUAAAGCCAAAGAAGUCUUACAAGAGCUGCCCGACAGCGAAGCAAAGGCGGGUCUAGAGGUGUUGACGGAGAGGGUCAUUGGGCGGAAGUCAUAG